GAGAGGAGGAGGAGACAAGGGCUGUCAGGACACAGCACCCAACAACGUCCCGACUGACAGCUCUGUGAAAGACGCCGCAAAACACAGCACCCAACACCAACCUGACAGGCAGCCCCUCAGAACAAGCCACAUAUCGACAGCAAAGGAGGUCCUGGCACCGCAACGGCAACUUUGCGAACACUCCAGCAACUACUAAGUAGUCAGUGGCUACAGAGCAACUACAACAACAACCUUCACCAUAGCUCCACGGCCAGCCAGUGAUGAUGAUCUGCAGAAACCUGGCAGGGUCAGAGGAGUUCUCUGAGGAGGAGCUGGAGCUGUGCAUGCUGGGUCAGGGGGAGGAUAACGAAGGGAGCGACGGAAACCCCAAGGACAGUGAGGGCUCAGCCAGCAGCCCCCCCAGCGACGAUCCUGAGGAGGGCCAAGCCAAGAAGCGCAGCCGCCCAGUCCGCUCCAAGGCCCGCCGUGUGGCUGCCAACGUCCGUGAGCGCAAACGCAUCCUGGACUACAACCAGGCCUUCAAUGCUCUACGUGUGGCUCUCAACCACGACCUUAGCGGCAAGAGGCUCUCCAAGAUUUCCACCCUGCAGAGGGCUAUCAACCGCAUCUCAGCCCUGUCUGUCUUCCUCAGCUCCAACCCCCCCAGUAAGCCCUGCUCCCACCGGGAGUGCCACAGGCCGGCUGGGGGGCCAUUGGCGGUGGGAAUGGUGAGGACGUCACGGCUGGACCCACCCAGGGUGACAGUCGCUCCUCGCCAGGAGCCCCAAAGCUACAUCUCCUGGCACCAGGCAUCACUCCCCCACCAGAUAGAGCCCCAGCAGGGCACCCAUCCUCACAGGCUGCCAACAGAGACACACCUCUACAUGGACAGCAUGGGCUCCUCGUGUCCACCCUCACCACACUACCCCUGCUACUCCACCGAGGGCCAGUUGUACCCCUUACACGGACACUGUGGGAAAGAGAACCCCUUGGAGCAGCUGCCCAGCUCUAUCAGGUACACCCAGGUGGGCGAGGGGCUGGGGUACCAGACGGGGGUGUGGGCCUCCUGCGCUCAGGGCUACAUGGAUGCGUUUGUGGACCCGUCUCCAGCCUUGGGCCUCCCCUGGCAGGUGAGCUACCUCCAGGAGACAGCAAGCCCCCAGCACAACCUGUCCCUGCUCUGA